GAUAAUGGCCGACGCACAGCUCCACUGCGCAGUCAUCACGACAACAACUCAAGGAACGGAAAACGUUUGUCUGUGCCAUUGUCAUUGCUCAUUCUCCGAAAGUGAUGUCAGUGUCAACAAACUGAAUAAUUCGACUAGAAUAAUCCUUAGAGAUGGCCGAAAAUCCUGGGGAAUGCACACGUUGUUGUAUAUUACCAGAUACGGUGGUGUCGACUCAACAACGUCUCCAAUCCUCCCAUGACCCCGGUUGGAAUGAUCCUCCGAAGUGGGCUUUCAGCCCCAGUCCAGCCUCUGCUGGAACUCCAACAAAGAGGUCAUUGAACAAAAGGGUAGCUUUUCCAUUGUCUCCAGCCCCGGCGUUGGGUAGUUCAAUUGCUGGGGGGCAACAAUUACCUAGUAAUUUGCCACCACCUCCGACGCAGUUGACGAACUUGACAUCUGCACCUCAUGCACCUCUGUUAGCUCCUACGGGAACUCGGGAGAUAGUUGAUGCUGUUUCAUCAAUUGUUGAUGGAGAGGAGGCGUUGAACAACACAUUUGAGAAUAUACAAACUGUGAUAGAUAGUGAGUUGGAGAGGAGCAGGGUGGAGGAGGUGCAGAAGAGGCUGGAGGUGAUGAAGGGUAUGUGGAAGGGAGGGAAGCUCAACGAUACGAUUCAUGGGAUAUUGCUGAAGUUGUCUGAAGCAUUGAGGGAUAAAGAUAUUGAUGCAGCAGAUAAACUGCACGUCUCUCUCAUGAUGAAUCACACCCACCUGUGUAACAGCUGGAUAUCUGGCAUCAGACAUCUCAUUCUGGAUUUACGAGCGAAAAAUGCUGGUAGUGAGACCAAGCUUGACAGCCAUUCUCAGUCAGUUUUGAUGUUGAAUCCAGCAGAAUCCACGUUAUGAUGAGAUUUAUACGGCUCAGGGCCAAUAAAGAUAAAAGUAUAUAUUUUUCAUUAAA